AAUAAUUUAUUAUUAUUUUUUAAAUAACACGACCAAAUGGAGUGGAUCGAGAACCUCGUUACAAAUGCAACCCAUGCUGAUGUGGAUAAGGCACUUCUCUGCUUUCCACAUGAGCCUGACUCCUGCCUCCGAGCAGCUCGUUUCUUUGUCAUUAGAGUUGCCAUGUACAUUUUAAUGCUUCCUACAGUACUUAUGACUGUUUUUGGCAAUCUGCUGGUCAUCAUCACUAUUUCCCAUUUUAGACAGCUGCAUUCUCCGACUAACUUCAUCAUCCUCUCACUGGCUGUCGUGGACUGCCUGCUCGGCUCUAUGAUCAUGCCUUUCAGUAUGGUGCGAUGGGUGGAAGGCUGCUGGUUCUUGGGGGAGAUUUUUUGCAAAAUCCAUUCCAGUUUAGACAUGACACUAAGUAUUGUGUCCAUCCUGCACCUGUGUUUGGUUUCUAUUGACCGGUACAUGGCCAUUACUGACCCUCUGGGCUAUAAGAUGAAGGUGACAAAUGAAGGUAUGGCUGUGGGAAUUGCUGUCAUCUGGCUCUUCUCGUUCUCAUUUAGCUUUGGUGUGGUAUUGUCUAAUAUAAAUCUUGAAGGUUUGGAGGACCUUUUAAUGCUGAGUUCCUGUGUUGGAAACUGUGCUUUGAUUUUUAACAAACAGUGGGGAGUUAUUGCUGCCCUUGUGGCAUUUUUCAUUCCAGGAACUAUCAUGAGCUGUCUUUACCUUAAAAUAUUUCAUGUUGCACGAAAACAAGCUAAAGUAAUGGCUGACAGGGCUACUAUUGGAAAAUCUGAAACAAAGAACCAUUCUCCAGAACAGAGAGAGAGAAAGGCAGCUAAAACUCUGGGCAUUGUUAUGGGAAUUUUUCUGUUUUGUUGGUUGCCAUUCUUCAUUACUACUAUAGCUGAUCCAUUCCUGGACUUCUCAACCCCUAAAGAUGUUUUUGAUGCCCUGGUGUGGUUUGGCUACCUUAAUUCUACUUGUAAUCCUUUGGUCUAUGGCUUUUUCUAUCCCCGUUUUCAGAAGGCAUUUAAAAUUAUCAUAUCUAAAUAUGUUUUUCACCUUAGUAACUCAGGCAACCUAACACUCUAAUUUAAACUGUUCUGUGAAAUCCAUACGGUUUCUUUUGCAUUAUACAGAAUACUCUUAGCAAUUCAGUACUGUACUUACAUUUAGUUGUUAUCCAAUUUAGGUAGUUUUUAUCAGAACUUUUGCCACAAAUUAUAUUUGUAAGGCUUAAGCACUGAAGAUUUUCUUUUGUGUAGUGAAUUCCCAUAUCAAUAGCCAGUUAAAUGACAUUGACCACCAUUAGAAAUUGGUAUUAUUGCUGAUGUAAAUCAGUCUAACUGAUCUUGGGUGAUUAAGAAGGAGAAUGUACAUAAAGCAUAAAAAGAAAUUAAUUAUUUGAGUGUCAAUUUACCCUUAAAAUAAACGUCUAAACCUUUAAA